UCAAAGCAGGGGAUGGCUCCACGAAUGGAUGAUGUUGUGCGUCUGUGCUGCGAAAUAUCAGCUCACGAUCAGAUCAAGGUGGCAGUGAAAAACUCCGCCAAAGGAGCGAUUAAGGUAACAGGAACUGCGGUUGUAGGCGGGAUGCUCGGUGGACCUCCAGGGUUAGCUGUCGGUGCAGCAGUAGGCGGUCUCUUGAGCUGGCUAACCAGCGGAGAGUUUAGGCCUCUGCCUCAGAUCCUGAUGGAGUUGCCUCCUGCCCAGCGACAGAAGCUCUACGAUCAAGUUGCGAGCGUCUUAGACAAACUGGACUGGAUGGACGCGGCCCAGCUCAUCGCCCUUGUGAUGGGCAACCCCACUCUCCAGCAGCAGGUUAAAGCCGCGUUGCUGAACUACGUCACAAAGGAACUCCAAGCAGAGGGCUUGGUCCUGGGGCCCCUGCUGUUCUCUUUAUAUGUAAUACCCAUCGGAUAG